AUGGAGGACGACAGCAAGAAGAGGAUGAAGGAAAAAUUUGGCCUGAGGCGGGAUAUCUUUAAAGAGUUCCUAGCGGAGUUUCUGGGGAUAUUUGUCUUGAUACUCUUUGGAUGUGGUUCAGUGGCCCAGGCGGUGCUGAGUAAAGGGGCUCUGGGGGAGCCCUUGACCAUCCACAUUGGCUUCACCCUCGGAGUCAUGAUGGCAGUCUACAUGGCAGGAGGAGUGUCAGGAGGACAUGUGAACCCUGCAGUCUCUCUGGCUAUGGUGAUUCUCGGAAAACUCUCUAUCAAGAAGUUCCCCAUUUACGUGGCCGCCCAGUUCCUUGGAGCGUUUGCUGGAUCCUGUGCCGUCUUUGGGCUCUACUAUGAUGCGCUCAUGGACUACACCAAUGGGGAAUUCACUGUUACGGGUCCAAAUGCCACAGCCAACAUAUUUGCUUCUUAUCCAGCCAAGCAUCUGUCCGUCAUAAAUGGAUUUGUUGAUCAGGUGAUUGGAACAGGAGCACUGGUCCUCUGCAUCUUGGCCAUCACUGAUAAGAGGAACAUUGGCGCUCCGAAAGGCAUGGAACCUCUUUGCAUUGGUUUAGCCAUCACUGCCAUAGCAGUGUCCAUGGGUCUGAACUGUGGUUAUCCCAUCAACCCGGCCCGAGACCUGGGCCCACGCUUCUUCACAGCAGUGGCCGGCUGGGGCAUGGAUGUGUUCAGAGCUGGUGGCUGCUGGUGGUGGAUCCCGGUCGCGGGUCCAAUGGUGGGAGGAGCUGUGGGAGCUGGAGUUUACUUCCUCUGUGUGGAACUGCACCACCCAGAACUCGAGAAGCAGGAUGAAAACAACAUCCCAGACAAGUACGAGAUGGUCACCAUGAGCUGA